GGCAGAGCCCCAAGUCUCUUACUUCAGGCACGGGGCUGGAGACGCGUGAUCCCAGGCCGCCUGCGACGUUCUGCGACUCCAGUCAGACACCAUGGCGGACAGCCGGGAUCCAGCCAGCGACCAGAUGAAGCUCUGGAAGGAGCAGCGGGCCGCGCAGAAACCUGAUGUCUUGACCACCGGGGGCGGCAAUCCAGUAGGAGACAAACUCAAUGUUAUGACAGCAGGGCCCCGCGGGCCCCUCCUGGUUCAGGAUGUGGUUUUCACUGAUGAAAUGGCUCACUUCGACCGGGAGAGAAUUCCUGAGAGAGUUGUGCACGCUAAAGGAGCAGGGGCUUUUGGCUACUUUGAGGUCACACAUGACAUUACUAGAUACUCGAAGGCGAAGGUGUUUGAGCACAUUGGAAAGAGGACGCCCAUUGCCGUUCGCUUCUCCACUGUUGCUGGAGAAUCAGGCUCACCUGACACUGUUCGUGACCCUCGUGGGUUUGCAGUGAAAUUUUACACGGAGGAUGGUAACUGGGAUCUUACUGGAAAUAACACCCCCAUUUUCUUCAUCAGGGAUGCCAUGUUGUUUCCAUCCUUUAUCCACAGCCAAAAGAGGAACCCUCAAACGCACCUAAAGGAUCCAGAUAUGGUCUGGGACUUCUGGAGCCUGCGCCCUGAGUCUCUGCAUCAGGUUUCCUUCCUGUUCAGUGACCGAGGGAUUCCAGACGGUCACAGACACAUGAACGGAUACGGAUCGACUGACCAGGGCAUCAAAAACCUUCCUGUUGAAGAAGCAGCAAGACUUGCCCAGGAAGAUCCCGACUACGGCAUCCGGGAUCUUUUUAAUGCCAUUGCCACAGGCAACUAUCCCUCCUGGACCUUUUACAUCCAGGUCAUGACAUUUAAUGAGGCAGAAAAUUUUCCAUUUAAUCCAUUUGAUCUUACCAAGAUUUGGCCUCACGGGGACUAUCCUCUUAUCCCAGUUGGUAAACUGGUCUUAAACCGGAAUCCAGUUAAUUACUUUGCUGAAGUUGAACAGUUGGCCUUUGACCCAAGCAACAUGCCACCCGGCAUUGAACCUAGCCCUGACAAAAUGCUUCAGGGCCGCCUGUUUGCCUAUCCUGACACUCACCGCCACCGCCUGGGAGCCAACUAUCUUCAGAUACCUGUGAACUGUCCCUACCGUGCGCGAGUGGCCAACUACCAGCGUGACGGCCCCAUGUGCAUGCUGGACAAUCAGGGUGGGGCUCCAAAUUACUACCCCAACAGCUUUAGUGCCCCGGAACAGCAGCGCUCUGCCCUGGAACACAGCACCCGCUAUUCUGGGGACGUGCAGCGCUACAACAGUUCCAACGAGGAUAAUGUCACUCAGGUGCGGGAUUUCUAUUUGAAAGUACUGAACGAGGAGCAGAGGAAACGCCUGUGUGAGAACAUUGCCGGCCACCUGAAAGACGCGCAGCUCUUCAUCCAGAAGAAAGCGGUCAAGAACUUCAGCGACGUCCACCCAGAGUACGGGGCCCGCAUCCAGGCUCUUCUGGACAAAUACAACGAUGAGAAGCCGAAGAACGCGAUUCACACCUUUACGCAGGCUGGGUCUCACUUGUCUGCAAAAGAGAAGGCUAACCUGUGAGGGUCAGGGGCCCUGAUCCUACACCACGUUGCCGUCCGCCUAUGAAGCCAAGCAUGGUAUUCACACACAUACCCCUCAUCGCUGGAUGGGAGAUUCUCCUGUGCUCGCCAUGCAAAAUCAAGCUUAUGUCUGUCUAAUGAUAAUCCAGAUUUCUAUAGCAAAUAAUGUAAUAAUGGCUUUUAAUGCUGUUUUCCUAGGGAUAAAUGAAGGUUAAGGCUUAAUAAUUAUUUAAAGGAAACAUGUAUUUGCCUUUGACAGUUGAUUAUUCACUUAAAAUGACUAAGAAUGAAGUUUCUAGCAGAAAUAUGGUUUUAUUUGAUAAGAAGAAAAUCUUGAUGAAAUUAAUGUUUACAUAUCAUCUCCUGGCCUAUUAUAUUAAAAUAUGGCUAUAAUGAUAUAAGAAGAGAAGAUAAAAAUCUAAUCAGGAAUUUUAGCUUUUCUAAGUUCCUUAUAGGAAAAACAUAUUGAGUGCAUUGGUGUUUUUUGAAAAUAAUUUCAGUACCAUCAUGGCAUAAGGUUUAUUCCUGCUUGGAACUGAUGCGAUAUUUUAAAACUUGGAAUUGCACUUAUGCUAAUGCAGCAUUGGUUUUGCAACAAACUGAUUUGUACUUGCUUAUAUUUUUACAAUAAAAUGAUCUAUACAUAAAA